AUGGUUGGACUGGAUUGGCUUGUCACCUUGUAUGAAAAUGGCUUAAAUGGCAUACUGGCCGAUGAAAUGGGCUUAGGAAAAACAAUCCAAACGAUAGCACUGCUUGCGCAUCUGGCAUGUAAGGAGUACGUUUGGGGGCCACAUCUAAUCGUUGUGCCCACAUCGGUAAUCCUGAAUUGGGAGAUGGAAUUCAAGAAGUGGUGUCCUGGUUUGAAAAUUCUCACCUAUUUUGGCAAUCAGAAAGAACGAGCUGAAAAGCGAAAAGGCUGGGCGAAAGUAAACGCAUUUCAUGUUUGCAUUACAUCGUAUAAAAUUGUCACCCAGGACAUUCGUUCGUUCAAGCAACGGGCUUGGCAAUAUUUUGUUCUGGAUGAGGCGCAAAAUAUAAAAAAUUUCAAAAGUCAACGUUGGCAAACGCUGUUGAAUGUGCGAGCACGUCGACGAUUGCUUCUGACGGGCACGCCGCUACAAAAUUCACUGAUGGAACUGUGGUCACUGAUGCACUUCCUGAUGCCAGCCAUCUUUGCAUCGCACAAUGAUUUCAAAGACUGGUUCAGCAAUCCGUUGACUGAUAUGAUGGAAGGCAAUGCCGAAUGGAACGCUUCGCUGAUUCAGAGACUUCACAAAGUGUUACGACCGUUUAUCUUGCGACGUCUGAAAACCGAUGUUGAGAAGCAGUUACCCGAGAAAACAGAACACAUCAUCAGAUGCCCAUUAUCGAAGCGACAGCGAUGCUUGUAUGACGAUUUCAUGUCCAGGCGAUCGACUCGUGAAAACCUGCGCUCGGGCAGUGUAAUGUCGGUGUUGAAUAUUGUUAUGCAGUUACGAAAGUGUUGCAAUCACCCGAACCUCUUCGAACCGAGACCUAUUGUUUCACCGUUUGUUAUGCAACCGCUUUCACUGACACUGCCGGCUAUGAUAUUCAACAUUUUUGAACGGUUUCGUGUCGUUUUUUCAUUACUGAUAUUGAGUAGAAGCUAA